UUGAACGUAUCGAUAUUCCAGGUCGAGUCAGCCCCCGAAGCUGAAGAAGAGACAGAUAAGGGAUUAGCGAAGUCGCUUACGCUCUUUAAUGGCGUGACGAUCAUCAUAGGAUGCAUCAUCGGCUCUGGCAUUUUCGUCUCACCCACCGGUGUACAAGAACGUGCGUUGCGUUUAUAUGAUGCUUCACAAAUUAAAAAAAACAAGAACAACCGUCAAAGCAAUCCAUGCUAUAAUUCAACAUCAAGAGGAAACGUUGUUUAUUAG